ACAUUGUUUGAAAAUACGACUUUUGUGUCUCUUCCGUUUAAGCACAUAACCCAAUGUUUGAGUUUUAUUUUGAGAAGACGAUGAAUUCUACUCUGACUCUGGUUUAGAGGUUGGUAGGGGAUCCGUCUUAGAUUAGCCCAAUUGGUUUUAUCCUUCUGGCUUGAAGGGGACCAACAUGCCUUUAGCCCAAUUGAGCUUGUACUUCUCGUUUGAAGCGGCCUUCUAUGGUCUUAGGCCUUCUCGCCCAAUUUAAAGGAAGCCGAGCAAAAUUUUUCUGAAUAAUUUAAAGAAAAAAAGGAAAAAAUGGUGAGGAACAGGAAGAAAUCAUCUUGGUAAAAGUUUUCCGUCGUGGGACAAAAACAAAUAUAAGAUUUACCAAGGUUUUAGAGAGAAGAGAAAAAUGGAGCAGAAGAAUAAGUACAGCAUAAUAAUACCAACUUAUAACGAGCGCCUCAACAUUGCUCUCAUCGUCUAUCUCAUCUUCAAACAUCUCCGGGGUGUAGAUUUUGAAAUAAUUGUUGUGGAUGAUGGGAGCCCUGAUGGUACCCAAGAAGUUGUGAAACAACUGCAGAAACUGUAUGGUGAAGAUCGUGUUCUAUUGAGACCUAGACCUAAGAAGCUUGGAUUGGGAACGGCUUACAUACAUGGUUUGAAGCAUGCUUCUGGAAAUUUUGUUGUAAUUAUGGAUGCUGAUCUAUCACAUCAUCCAAAAUAUUUGCUAAGCUUCAUCAAGAAACAGGUGGAAACUGGCGCCAGCAUAGUUACUGGAACACGGUAUGUUAAAGGCGGUGGUGUGCAUGGAUGGAAUCUGAUGCGAAAGCUAACAAGUAGGGGGGCCAAUGUCCUUGCGCAGACUCUUUUGUGGCCUGGUGUAUCGGACUUAACUGGAUCUUUCAGGCUUUAUAGGAAAUCAGUGCUUGAAGAUGUCAUUAGCUCCUGUGUUAGCAAGGGAUAUGUAUUUCAAAUGGAGAUGAUUGUUAGGGCUUCAAGAAAAGGCUACCACAUUGAAGAGGUUCCUAUAACUUUUGUCGAUAGAGUGUUUGGAAGUUCAAAGCUUGGCGGAUCUGAAAUUGUAGAGUAUCUAAAAGGCCUUGCAUAUCUUUUGGUCACAACAUGAGACCUUUCUACAAAUAUUACAAAUAUAGCCAACACAAUAACCUAUUUAUCUGUUUACUCAAGAAGUGACUGGUCGAGAUUUAGUGUAGACUCUGCAGCAAAAAAUUUUAUAGCUUGUUCUUAGUUCCCUUAUGUAACCUGACUUUUGAUGGCAAACUUUGUUUUAGAUUUCAAAAAGUUAUUUUGCUACUGGAUGCUUGGCUAACAAUGUUUACUCAGGAAUGUUAUUCAACGGAAAUGAAAAGCAAAAGCCAGGGUUGCAUUU